CCGGGCCGCGCCGGCCUCUUCCCAUGCGGGCGGCGCGGGCCCUGGGAGGGGCGCCCGCAGCCAGCCGCGCAGCAUGCACUGGGGGGUUGGCUUUGCCUCGUCCAGGCCGUGCGUGGUGGAUCUGAGCUGGAACCAGAGCGUCUCCUUCUUCGGCUGGUGGGCCGGGUCCGAGGAGCCCUUCUCCUUUUAUGGGGACAUCAUCGCUUUCCCUUUGCAGGAUUACGGUGGGAUCAUGGCAGGGCUGGGCUCCGAUCCCUGGUGGAAGAAAACACUUUACUUGACCGGGGGAGCUUUGCUGGCCGCAGCUGCGUAUCUGCUCCACGAACUCCUGGUCAUUAGGAAACAGCAAGAGAUUGACUCCAAAGAUGCUAUUAUUUUGCAUCAGUUUGCAAGACCUAACAAUGGUGUCCCCAGUUUGUCUCCUUUCUGUUUGAAAAUGGAAACUUACUUAAGGAUGGCUGACUUACCCUAUCAGAAUUAUUUUGGUGGAAAACUCUCUGCUCAAGGGAAAAUGCCUUGGAUUGAAUAUAAUCAUGAGAAAGUUUCUGGCACAGAAUUCAUAAUUGACUUUCUGGAAGAGAAACUUGGAGUGAAUUUAAACAAAAACCUUGGCCCUCAUGAAAGAGCCAUCUCCAGAGCAGUGACCAAGAUGGUGGAGGAGCACUUCUACUGGACGUUAGCUUAUUGCCAGUGGGUGGACAAUCUCAAUGAGACCCGGAAGAUGCUCUCUCUUAGUGGUGGCGGUCCCUUCAGUAACCUGCUGAGGUGGGUCGUGUGCCACAUAACGAAAGGAAUUGUGAAGCGCGAGAUGCACGGCCACGGCAUUGGCCGCUUCUCGGAGGAGGAGAUUUACAUGCUGAUGGAGAAGGACAUGCGGUCCUUGGCAGGGCUCUUGGGUGAUAAGAAGUACAUCAUGGGGCCCAAGCUUUCUACUCUCGAUGCCACUGUCUUUGGACACUUGGCACAGGCAAUGUGGACCUUACCUGGGACAAGACCUGAGCGGCUGAUCAAAGGUGAGCUCAUCAACCUUGCCAUGUACUGUGAGAGGAUAAGGAGGAAAUUCUGGCCUGAGUGGCACCAUGAUGAUGACAACACCAUCUAUGAGUCCGAGGAGAGCAGCGAAGGGAGCAAAACCCACACGCCCCUGCUGGAUUUCAGCUUUUACUCAAGGACAGAGACCUUUGAAGAUGAGGGAGCAGAGAAUAGUUUUUCCAGAACCCCAGACACGGAUUUCACCGGACACUCGCUCUUUGAUUCUGACGUGGACAUGGAGGACUACACAGACCACGAACAGUGCAAGUGACAUUCAGCCUUGCUGACCCUCUUCUGCCGGAGCGGCCACUCCCUGGGGUUGGUCCUAUUUCCCAGGUGGAAAUCCAUCUGAGCUGGGAGGAGAUCUUCGUGCUCGACACAGUUCUCACGAGCUAACUGGACGAUAGCAGCCUUAUUUCUUUUUGUACAGACGAGACACAGAACCAUUCGGAUGGCUCCGUUUAAAACAAACAGGCAAAAAGGAAAAAAAAAAAAAAGUCAGCAUGGUUCCUGAAAUCCAUUUUUGUUUUCAUUAGAAAACUAACACUGUGUGGCAGAGCAGGGGCAAGAGCAGAUUGUCUGCGGAUUGUGUCUAUGUAGAUCGUCUUCAACCCGAGGGCUUAUUUGUGAGACGGAUUCUCGAACGUCCUUUACCCACCGGGGUUCCAAGUAAUGAGAGAAAUCAUCGGGGGAAAUGCCCAAGAGACAAAUAUCCUAUGGUGGCUGCUUGUAUUUUAUGUGUGUAUAUUGUAUGUUGAGAUAAUUCAAAUAAAAAUCCAUAGAUAUUCAGUGAACACCUACUAUGUGCAAAGCACUGUGCUAGGUGCUAAUCAGUAUAAGAUUUAUUCUCAGUCCUGCCAGUGACUAGCUGUGUGAUUUCGGGCGAGUCCCUUAAUUCUUGUGUGCCUCAUUUCCCCCACCUGUAAGGUGGGGAUAACGAUACUCUCCACCUACCUACCUCACAGGGGUGUUGUGAGGAUUCAUGUGGUAGCACCUCUUGGAAGAGGUGUGACAUAAACACAACAUUUUAUUCUUUAUUGUGCUUCCUGCGUAUGAACAUUUGAGGGCAGAGGAAUUCCAUAUCCAGCCAACAGCAGCCACAGUCACUCGCCAAAGCCGAGCAGACGAAAACACACGCAAAGGCGCAGUUAGGAUUCUGUCACCAUUCUUCUUUGUGAUCUUGCCUGAAUGGAAAUCUUUUACUGAAAGACCGUUGAAAAUGCUUUCACAGAGCAUCGACAGCUACACACAGUCUUCAGUUCUGUGUAUUUGCAGACGUCUUUCUUCCGUUGCCUGACCGCACGCUGGAAUGUUGUCCUUUGUAGACUCCCGAGUGUUAAGUUGCCUGUGUUUGAUUUAUUUGAAGGGAAUAAAGCUCAGGAAUAUGAUGGGUUUCGUAGAGGUGAAGGGGAAAGGAUUUGACUGAUGUUUCUAAGCAGAUGCUUGCCAACGUGUAAUGUCUUUUUGAAAACAAAUCUUGCAAGACGUAUCGAAAAGAUGAAGUCUGAAGAGGAUCACGUGACAGGUAUCAAAGCACUUUGUGCAGUGUAGACUCUAUGCAGUUUUACUAAUGCAACUUUUCUGGCGUUCUCAGCCAUUGCCCCAUGAGAGGAAGGCAAUGCUGGGGACAAAUCUUAAUGUUUCUUAAGGAUCUCCCGUAGCUGCCCUGUGCUCCCUCUCUGUCCCUGUAGAGCACAUGGACCCUUGGGGUUACUGUAUUUACUAAAGCGCUCUAUCUCUGAAGACAUCCUUUUUGUUGACUUAGAACAUUUUCCAGUGAAAUACGGGGUGAAGAUGCUGGGGUGACGGCCAUGGAUUUGGGCUAGGAGAGUUGGUGUUACGAUUUACAACCGCAAGCAGAGCUGCUUUGCUUCUGAUCUCAACGGACUCACUGGGUAAUGGUUAUUCAUGGUGGGGCCAAAGAGGCAUUUUUCAAAAGAGACAGCAAUUUCUGCUGAGAAGUUCGUGUAUUUGCUUGAAAAAGACUCUCUUUGAAUAUGGCUUUUGCAAAACAAUCCUAAAAUGCUGCGGAUUCACAAAGAGGUAAAGGGGGAGAAUUGCUGAGGCUGUUUACCAUUGGAGCCACAGUGUAGGACCUGUGUAACUGGGGACAGAUGCUGAGAUACCCUCAGUUAGAGAUUCUCAUUGCACAGGAAACUCAGUCGUUAGUUUCUUAUUAAAAGCAUUCAUCUUUGAGAGGACCGUUUGGUGCCUAAUGAAAAUGUUGGGGAGAAGAUAUGAAUGGAUGAGCGUGUCGUAUCUCCAGCGACACUUGGGAGGACUCUUCACCUCGCCUGUCUCUAACACGUGUGUUCCAAGGUCAGCUGGUGGUAGUUCUGUGUGACUAGGGAAACUUCUGGCUUGCAAAUGUGAAUGUCAUAACCAGCUAGGCUGUGGACCCGGCCACACAAAGACCAAGUUGACCUAUCCCCAUCCAUAGCUGGAAAAAGUUGUGUUUGCAAUCUUGCCUGCAAUUUAUUCUCACUGUAUAGCACAAAGGGUGUUGUGUCCUCGCGUCAAGAAUGAUUUAAGUUAUGGCUGUGCAGAGUCACAUAUCGUUUUACUGUGCAUUGCUUGCAGGGCAAGUACAUAGAGAGCCAGUGUUCAUCGUGAAGUUGUAAAAUAAGUCAUUCUUUCCAGGUGCCUCUCACAGAGGCUUAAAUGGACAUUACCACUUGGAGUCUUGGGUACUAGCCUGCCAGCUAAUGACCGGGCACUCAACAUUCCGAAGGUGUAACUUGAUUUGGAACACUGAAAUAUACCCAGGUUUUACCUUCCCAAUGUGGGUUAUGGAAACAAAAUGACCAAGACAAAAUCACUGUCGGGUGGAUGACCUAGGUAGUCUUUAUUGGAAGGGCUUUAAUUUUACCUGGUUUGUUCCUAAGUUCCCUAGAUUUGAAGUGUUCUCCAAUAUGGUGAACAGGUGCUACUUAAAAGAAAAUAUAACAAGAAAUUAGGGGACAUUUUGGUCAUCUGGCUUACUUAUUCAAGUUGUGUUUCUUUUUUUCUUGGAAAGUGACUUAAGGAGGUGUGAUCUUUAAUGUUAACAGAUGUUUUUUGGUUGGACAGAAGCCCCACUAGCUGUCCGGUUUUUUUGUUUGUGUGUUUGUUUUAUUUUUUACCUCUCAGUGUAAAAAUAAAUUCUGCCCCUCUAUCCACUUCCCUUUGCCCCUCGUCCCCACUCAUCAGGAUUAAGGAGCAGCAGCAGUGUGAUUUAAUCUGCCUAUGUCAGCUAGGCAGAGGUAAGCUAUAUUGUCAGAGUUGACCAUUUUGUUGUUGUGGCAUAAUGAAUUGUGAACAGUGAUGCUAUUGUUGAGGCCAUGAGCUAGCUACCCUGGUGACUGACCACAGACCCAAGAACUUGAAUCAUAGCUGUAGUCUGGCUCUCCAGUGAGCCCGACCUGUGUAUACUGUGGCAUUAGGUAUUAGGAUACGUUUGCUUGAAAUAGUUAGAGUUCAAGGAAGGGAAGAGCUAGGAAUUUUAACUUCAUGGGUCUUGCCUAGGUUAUUUAAGAGAAAACAUAAAAUCAUAAGAAUGUAUAUAGCUGGGUAAUGGAUUAGUUGUAGAAAGCCCCUUACAAGAGAGCCUCUGAGGUUCUUAUUGGCUCUAUAUCACAUGCAUAUUCAUUUGUAGGCAAGACCUGAACUGAAGUCUUUCACCUUGCCUUAGAUGGUUCUUGCCGUUAUGUUACUUUGACUUUGUUUCUUUUUAAAACCCACAUUCCCUGAGAAAUCAGUCCAUGUAUCCAUCAGCACAUCCCCAGCCUCUCUCAAAGAGUGCUUGGAAUCUUCCUCUCUUGCUCUCCAUGUCUGUUCAGCCCAGUCCAGACCAAUUCAAGAAUUUACUCUGUGCAAGGCACUGCUAGACUCUGAAUGAUACCAAGUCACCAAGAGUCCAUAUUCUUUGUUUUUUAUCUUUUAAAGAAUCCAUGCCAUAUUAUCACUCCUUGCGUAUUUACUGAGCACCUAUCCUGUUCCUGGCCCUGAGAUCCACAGGAGAUCUAGAGGGUGAACAGAACAGACAUGGCACCCUGAUUUUAGGGCAUCCGCUUUUGCCCAGACUAAUGCAAUGGCUUCUUCUAAAUGCUUGGUCACUUCCCUGAUCCAUUCCACCCUACACCAUUAAUUUUUAAAAGAAUUUCUGGCCCUGAUGGGGUGCCAUAUUGCCUCAGGAUGAGGGUCACUCUCUGGGCCCUGGUAUUCUCAGCUCUUCCUUCAUCUGUUUCCUGGGACGUCUCCCAGGGCUUCUCCAUAUGAGCCAUCCAGUGCAUCCUGGUUGGUCUCCUUGCCAUUGCCUAAACAUGCCUCAUGUCCCCACUCUGCUUCUGCUUCUGCUAGCCUCCCUCCUGAAAGCCCUGCCCUUCCUCUCCACUGGCCCAACUCAUGCCCACCUCCCAAGGCCCAACUUCAUCAGUUCUGCAAGAAGACUUCCCAGCUCAUUAUAAUCUCCCCUUCCUCUAGAAACAGCACACAUCGUUGGCUUCCCUGCUGGCUGCAUGGGAAAGGUAUGCCUAGAAAGCAGGUCACACACUAGAAAGUAGUGCUGUGUCAGGGAUUCCUUUGAUAAUCUAAUGAAAGUCCUAUACCUUAUUACCAGAAAAAUACAUAUAUGCAAAUAUACAAAAUUUUACAUGUAACUUCGGGUUUAGAGACCUGAAAUCAUCCAUGGAUUCUUUAGGGGGCUCAUGGACCCCAGUGGAAGAAGCCUUCUAAAGAGUCUUUAAAAGCUACUGUUGUUAGUGUUCAUUCUUUCUUGCCUUUGACAUAUGCAGAGAGUAGAAAAUUGGUAUGGGAUGUGCAUGCAAAAGCAAUCUCUGUUAUUAUCCGUGUUGGGUGUGUGUUGAGUGACAGGGAAGGAAGGAAGAAGAGCUGUCUUACGUUAAUUGAGAGAAUAUCUUUGUUUUGACAGGCUUGGCAUUUUGAAACUGACAAGGUUUUAUUGUUAUUGUUCUUGGUUAUCUGUUAACCAUCCAAAAAGUUGGUUUAUCAAAAUUAAUUCAGGGCCAGGUAAGCUUCAUUUCAGGCCUCAAACCCACCACUUCUGCAUGAGUAGGCUUUGGCCUAGGGUUAUUAAGGUAGGAGAGAAGAGGCUGGAUUUUUCCUUAUAGGAAAAAGAUCGGCACAGUCAAGUUUUCCUGUAUUCAUCAUUCAUUAAUUCGUUCGUAGGGUAACUGUUGAGUGUAUUUUCAAUAAAAGGAUGGUGCCUUUGUUGAUAGGUAACUACUCAGGUUCUUCUUUGUCGUCGUCGUCUUCUUCUUCUUCUUUUUGUUUUUUUACAGGGUGAAGUUAUUUUUAUUGCUCCUGACUAUGAUCCAGGAUCCUUUGUUCUCCUUUAUGUGCAGUGCUGUUUAAGUUGAACAAGAACCAGUGAAAAUACAUUCGAUGACAAAUACUUCCAAGUCUGAAUGCUGAACUCUGGCAACACAUCUUUAAUAGGUCCAGCCAUCAAUUAAUGUGUGAUUGUGGAGUGCUUGACCCUUUUUCAAUUGCUUCCAGUGGUGAAACUGGGUGAAGUUUGAAAGGAUCCCCUUGGUGGGUGGGGCAGGAGGUCCCUCUUUCCCAGAGUUCUUUUGCUAGUACCAGGAGUAAAUGUCAACAGAUGAUGAAUAGUUUCUUCAUUUGAAUUCCUUACCAGAAACUUGAGUUUUUAGUCCCUGAAUUUAAAGGAUAUCCUAAAGACAUUUAAAGUUCCGGCGGUGCCUGUGUGGCUCAGUCGGUUAAGCAUCCAAUGUCAGCUCAGGUCAUGAUUUCGCUGUUCCUGAGUUCAAGCCCUGGGUCAGGCUCUGUGCUGACUGCUCAGAGCCUGGAGCCUGCUUUGGAGUCUGUGUCUCCCUCACUCUAUGCCCCUCCCCUGCUCACUCUCUGUUUCUCAAAAAUAUACAUUAAAAAAAAAAGAUAUUUACAGUUCCUUAAUGUUUAGGAUAAGAUAACUGGAAUGGAUAACUUACUGGCCUUGCUCCUUAGAGAUGGUUACAGAGGAAACUAAAAAACUGCUUAAAGGAAAGUGACUCAGCUCUUUUGGGGCUGACAAUGGGACCUCCUUAACCAUGCUGGCUCCUGCUAAGGCAGGGAACCUGUCCCCACAGCAAGGCUCUCUGAAGUUUCUGUUGUUGGCUAGAUUAUGACAAAGUGGUGAUGCUCAAAUUUCAAGAAGAUUAUUGCCCCAAAUUGUAAAACGUGUAGAUAGAUAAAGGGUCCCAUCGCAGUAAUAAAGUAACUUAUGAAUGUGGUCUAGCCAGCACCCACACUCCUGAUCAUUUUAGUGGAAGAAACAAGUUAGAGUAAAAGAUUGAUACAGUACUUUGGUGUUCUGUACACAAUUAAAUAAUGACAUCAAUGAACGUGAUGGCCUUCAUGAAGUUUAAAAAAUUCUGGUUGUCCCUAAUUACAACUUUAUAUUUUGAAACAAUCCACUAAUUGUAGAGCAAUACAUAUUUAUGAUACUGGUUAAUUUUAUAAAAAGUAGUAUUGCUACAUAUGACCAUUCACCUCCCUCCCUCCCCAUAGCAAGCAAUUUUUUUUUUUUUUUUUUUUUACUUUAUGGCUCUGGAAUAGAGUAACUUUCAUUUAUCAAUAAUAUUUAAACCUUUGGUCUUUCUUUAGUAUUUUAUACACCUACCUAUGUCUUUAAAACCAAUAGGAGUCAGCUGCUGAAUUGCCAUGUUAAUUAGCUGUGACUGAACAGGUAGCAGAGGGAGUACAGUUGUUCAGUGGAGGGCUAGGAAAGAGAACUGCUUUGGAUAUUUACCAUCCCCCUCCUCUUAAAAAACAAAACAAACCCCAAACAACAAUCUGUGGACUUUUCCCUUUAACAGUUGUUCAGAAUUGAAAGUGUUCUGUUAUAUUUGCUUCUGUCUCUCCACAAGAGAUCGCAUUUGGCUUAUUCAAACACAAACCAUGUCCAGAUGAUUGUAUUUUUACCUUAAACAAAUUGUAUCUGAAUUCUUUUGCAGCAAUAAGAUUAAAAACAGUAUCAAAUUUUCAAGGAAUCUCUGCUUCAGUAGGGGUGACAUGUUUGUGUUACUCCUGUCAAAAUGAUUACCUCAUGUGAUCAGUCUCAUGGGAUCAUGCUUAUUGUAAACAUGUGUUUUCCCCAGGAAUGUGCAUCAGGCAGUGUGUCUCACGACUCAAAGGGUAAUGAUGGCUGGGAAGAGGAAGGUCUGAAUCCUUCAUUUGGUGAUGCUAAGAUUUCACUGAGUGGGAGGAGAGAAGGAAAGGGUGACAAAGGUGGCCUCUUCAGGCAGCACGUGGUACGGCUGUGUUGGAGACGUGUCAGGCACCUCGCAAGUUGUCUAAGGGGUGGCGUCAGUAACAUAAUACAAAAUCCAGGUUUACAAAUCAAAAACAAAUGCAAUUUGUAGGGAAGGAUUGUUUGUGGAUGUAUGAAAGACUGGUGCAGGAAGCACUGAAAUAAUGUUGAUCUUUGUCUUAAUUUAUAUGCUCAAGUGCUGGGAUUGUGCCAUCUGAAGCCAAGCCUGGGAAAUGGGAGAGCAGCUGAUAGCGAUGGCCUCUGCUCAGUUCCUUUGAUUCUGAAACUUCCUUCUAUUCUCUCAAAAGGGUUCGUGGCAUAUGGUUUCCAUCUCAUGAAUAUAAAAUGUACAAAGUAAUGUAUAUUUGUUUUAUAGAUGCCCUUUAAGUGGAGACACCCCAAAUCAUUCGUAUUUAGGUAGUGGUCUCCAAACCUUUGUGCUCAUUCACCUCAUCAGUAAAACUUUCUGAGCAUGCCCUUUAGCAUAUUUAUUUAUAAACACACACACACACACACACACACACACACAGAGUGCUCAUACUGCAGUACUGAUGUGUACAUUAAAAACCAUGGCAAACAUAGAAAUUUUCAAAGGCUGUUGUUCUGGAUUCAGUAGAGUUUAGGGAAUGGGGCAAGGAGUACUUACAGGCAGCACCUAGAAAGCUGCAACUGAUUAAAGAAUGUGUAUGUAACAUUUGUGGCAAAGUGGAUGUAAAAUAGGCAUGGGCGCAUGAUUUUAGGUCAACGAAUGUAUGUAUGUAUGUAUGUAUGUAUGUAUGUAUGUAUGUAGGUAUGUAUGUAUUUUUACUUAAAAUGGGCAUUUGGGGUUGGGGAAGAGAAUGGUGAAUAAAUAGAUGUCCCCUUUACAAGAGCUAUUUUAAUUCUGUUUUUGGGACCACAUGAUCUAGAAUGUUUUGAAAAUUUCUGAAAGAUUUCACAGUACAUGGACUUAAGCAAAAUAAGAAAAGAUAGGAGGGGAAAAAGCAAAUAAUGCAAAUACGGGAUGCAUUGCUUCAGAAUUUCAAUACCAAUCGGAAAAGCAUGUUUUGAUAAUUCCUGGUAACCAACAUCUCACUGAUUAUAAAUCUCUCUUCUGUUUGUUUAUAAUCCAAUGUCACCAAAUGUGUGGAAGGUGCACAGAUUUAUUUUCAGAGAUCCGAGAUGGGAAGGACCAAUGUUGGUAUAAUUUGAACCCACAUUUCAGCUGCUUGGGGGCUGAUGGAUGGACACUGCCCGGAAGCAUUUACCUGCACCACCUGUUUUGCAAACACAAUGAAUAGCAUCUUGCUGAACAAGGGCCUCAAUGUCGAGGUGGCAUUCCAGUGUUUAUUUCUGGACCUAUGAGUUACUUUAGCACAGUUAUUGUUAGUAGUUUAUAAAGCCAUAUUUAAACUUGUAUACUUGAUUGUAAGAUAGAUUUGAAUUGUGCACUAUGUUGAUUACUGUAUAUAAAUGUGGAAAUUCUGUACAUUUGGUCUUCAUGCUGUAUGUAUUUGAUGUGUAAAUGAUAACUAAUGGUUAUGAAAUA